AUGGGAGAGCAGCUGGGAAACCACCAUGACCGCCUUCGGAACAUGAGGCGCCUCCAGCCGCCCCAGGGCCCCCAAAAGUGGGUCCCCAUUCUGGGGCAGCUGCAGAAGACCCUCCAGAAGGGCGAGUACUUGCCCCUCCGCCCGCUGCCCAUGUUCGAGAGUAACUUUGUCCAGGUCCCCCCCGCGGGGGGCCCCGUGUAUGUGCACCACGGAACCAACCGGCUGACCAUGGGUGUGGCCGCCUCCCUGCCAGGCCUGAUGCUGCCAGACAUCUUGCUGAUCGCCCAGCCCCCCGAGGGCAGGGAGGGCGCAGGCCUCGUCCUGACCAGGAUGAUCCCCUUGGACCUUGUCCACCUCUACGUCCACGACCUUUACGCCUGGCGCCUGAAGCUGCGCCUGGACGGCCGCUACUACUACCUGGAGCUGGAGGCCCCCGACAACGAGCUGGGCUUCCUGUUCUACUGCUGGAUCCACCUCAUCAACCUGCUUCGGGAGCCUGCAACCACCUGGGCCCCCAGGACCAUGCACACGCCCCCGCUGGAUGUGUCCCUGGCUGAACCACCUGCCUCCACCUGGCAUCUCCAGGCCCCGUCCUUUUGGAAACACACAGUCCCAGUUGCCCAGUCCACCUUUCCUUAUAAGAUGCAAACAGCUCACAGACAAAAGAAGGCCACGGCCCUCAAGCGCAGAUUCAGGUCUCAGGCUGUGGGUGACUCUUUGCCCCUCAUCUGGUCGCAGAUGGAACACGAUGACGUUAGGAAGAAAUCCAAAGAAAAGAAGUCCCAUCCAGACACCCGUCCUGAUGGCUCUUACACCCACAUCCAUGCUUCUGAGAAGACCAGAGUCACCAUCCGGACCAUCUUCAGCAUUGUCUCCAGCACCGCCAACCGGAUGCAGCCCUCUGCAAAGGCUGGCACAUCUGACUCGGAUGAGACCACAGGCCAGAGACGUUUGCUUGAGACCCCUUCACACUGUAUCUCAGAGAACAACCCUGAUUUCUUCUUUUCAUGCUCCUACGAUCACCUGGACCCGUACCUGCUGCAGCACCACAUCAAAGACCUCAUGGACCUUGAAUCCAGCACUUUGUCCUCCGCCUCCUUCAGCCUGGUUCCCUACCCUCCCGCGGCAUACCCGUCCACACCCUACUCCUCCUUCCCCAGGGCCAGCAAAAUGUCUAGGCCUACAGGCUCCCAGCAGGGGCAGGGGCCACCCUCCUCCCAGAGGGCCCCAUGUGUCCCUGUCCAAUCUUUCAAGGCCCCAUUCCUUGUUGACCAGUCCCAGAAGAUCCCGGCUAUACCUGCUCCAUCCCAGAAGGCCCCAGCGCUCCAUGCUCCACCCCAGAAAGCCCUGGCUGUACCUGGGCCAUCCCAGAAGGCCUUCACCAUGACUGAUCUAAUCCAGAAGGCCCGACAUGUACCAGCUGUCCCCCGGAAACCCCCAGCCAUACUUACUGCAUCCCAGAGGGACCCACCUGUAUUGGGUGUUCCUCAGAAGGCCCCAGCUGUACGCGCCCCACCCCCACCUCAGAAGGCCCCAUCUGCACCUGCUAUUUCCCAGAAGGCCGUGUCUCUAUUCCUCCCUGGCUCAUCCCAGAAGGCUCCGACCUUACCUGACCAACACCACAUGGCACAUGGCUCAUCCACUUCAAAGGGGAAGGCGGCCCCUGCCAAUUUUGACCUGUUGCCAACAGGAAUUCCUGGGAGGGACGCGCUCCAGAGAAGCAAGACUGAAGGGAAGCCGGAGCCGGUGGUGAUGGUGGGCACCAAGCAAACGGAGGUGGUGGAGAUGAGGACCCAGACGAAGUCCCUGGAGUUGCCCUUCACCACGACCAAAAAGGAGUCCGAGGACAUCGUGAUCAGCAAAACCCGGGAGAUGACCCUGGAGGGCUUGAGGGGCUGGGGAAAGUCAGAGGACAGGACCCAUCGGGCGAAGGAGGAAGUGUCCCUGGACCUGCCUGGCGGGAAGUCCAAGGAGGUGGACCAGCAGAGGAAGUGGGUCAAGAUGAAGGAGCUGGCCAUCGAGGGCCCUCCCGAGGAGCACUGCAGACCCUUCUCAGUGGAGGGGCUUGCCCUUGCCAAAAUGAUGAUCAUGGCCAACUCCAAGGAGCAGCACUUGAGACCCACUUUGGUCUCAUUUCCCUCCUGGCUCUCGGUGACCUCCCACACCUCUGCCAUGUCUACAGUGGCACAACACCCUUCAACCCACCAGCUGCAGGGGCCACCAGUGAUGGUGAGGGAGUGGCCAGAGUCCCACACCUGGGUGAAAGAGAACAAACAGCAAUGGACAGAGAUGAAGGAGCCACCCUGGGACAGAGCAAAGGCUUCCAAGGUACAGAGCCACUCUAAGGCCACCUCUGGCAGUCCAAAGAUGGAAGGUAUCUCCCAGGUGCCCAUCCCCCUGCCUGCCUCUAAGUGGGAGGACUUACCGCCAUCGCCCGUUGUGGAGACCCCUGUCUCAAAGAUGGAGGCCACAGCCAGGGUGCUCCAGAAGCCCACGAGGACAACUCAAGAGCCCGUGACAGUGCCAAGCCAGAGCCCCCUGGCCACAGCUGGGUCAUCCUCGAAGAUUAUUCUGCCCAUGCUAGUAGAAAUUGAGAAUACAGGGGACACGGCCAUCAAGGUAGAGAAGAUAAAGGAGGAAUCCCCCGUCUUCAAUCCUCCACCCAGAGAAGGAAAUGCAGUCAGAGGAGUAACAGGGGCACCCAUGAUGUUGGACUUUGCAGACAGUUCUAAGGACUUUGGCUAUGACUCUGAGUGA